AUGCCAUCUGAAAAAGAUUUAAAUAAUAAUAGUAGUAGCACAACAACAACAACAACUACAGAUCCAAAACAACCACAACCACCAACUGGAAAGAGUGCACCAAACAAGAAAAAGGAUGAUAAGAAAGAUGAUGCUCUUUCACCAGAAGAUGAGAAAUUAAAGACUGAUUUAGAGUUGUUGGUAGAAAGAGUAAGAGAUACAAAUGCCGAAAUUGUUAUGGCAUCAUUGGAAGCUUUGAAGGCUGAAAUCAAAUCAUCUACAUCUUCCAUGACCUCUGUGCCAAAACCAUUGAAAUUCCUCAGACCCCACUACCAAACUCUGCUCGAUUCCUACAAGAAACUAUCUGAAGGAAAACAAAAGAAAUCAUUGGCUGAUAUUCUAUCAGUUUUAGCUAUGGCCAAUGGAAACGAAGAGACAAGAGACACCUUGAAAUAUAAAUUGUUGGGAUCGGGUGAAUCGAUUUCAUCGUGGGGACACGAGUACGUACGUCAUUUGGCGAUGGAGAUCGGUGUGGAGUACGAUAUCAAGAAGGAGGAGAAUCAGUCGGUCGACGACCUCUUGUUGCUGGUCGACGAGAUCGUUCCCUUCCAGAUGGCACACAACGCCGAGCCAGAGGCAUGCGAUCUCCUCUUGGAAGUCGAACAACUCACCAAACUCUUUAACUACAUCGACGAGAACAACUACACACGUGUCUGUCUCUACCUCACCAGCUGUGCAUACUACGUACCGGGUCCAGAGGAUAUCAACAUCCUCAAGAUCGUCGUUGAAAUCUAUAUCAAAGCCAAACAAUACCCAGAUGCUUUGAGAGUUGCUCUUAAAAUAGAUAACAAUGAUAUUAUAACAAACAUCUUUAAAUUAGCUGAAAAUAAUAAGUCAACAUUGGAACAAUUGGCAUUCAUUGCUUCAAGACAAAAGAUUGUUCCAAACAACUUUGAUGUCUCGCCAGUCUCUGAUAUAAUUAAUAAUACAAAGCUUAGUGAAUACUUUUUGAAUUUGGCAACUGAUCUCGAUGUUCGUGAGCCAAAACUUCCAGAGGACAUCUUCCAAUCACAUCUUGAAAACACUACUGGUACCGCUCCAGAGUCAGCACGUAUCAAUCUUGCUUCCUCCUUUGUAAAUGCAUUUGUUAAUUGUGGUUUUAUUAAAGAUAAAUUAAUGGCUGAUGAUGAAAAAUGGUGGUACAAAAACAGAGAUUUGGGUAUUAUGAGUACUGUUGCAUCGUUGGGUAUGGUUUAUUUAUGGGAUGUAGAUAAUGGAUUGAGUAAGAUUGAUAAGUAUUUGUACUCGACCGACGAGAAUGCAAAGAGUGGUGCCAUCUUGGCCACCGGUAUGAUGUCCUGUGGUAUCAGAAACGACGUCGAUCCAGUCAUUGCACUGAAUGUUGAGCAUCUCACCAAUCCAUCGGUUACCAUUCGUACUGCCGCCGUUCUCUCGCUCGGUUUCGCCUACGUCGGUACUAGACGUGAAGACUUGCAAUCGUAUAUCGUUCCAAUCAUCGAGGACAACACCAUCGGAAUGGAGCUGGUCGGUAUCGCUGCACUGUCACUCGGUUUGAUCUUUGUCGGUAGUUGUGACGACACACUUUCCACCCUGUUUGUUCAGACCCUGAUGACUCGUGACAAGACCUCGCUCAACAGUACCUACUGUCGUUUCAUGCACUUGGCGCUCGGAUUGUUGUAUCUCGGAAAGCAAGACGAAGCCGAGUUGACAUUGGAGACUCUCAAGGCUAUCGAGGGUGCACCCGGAGAAUACGCCCGUCUCACCGUAGAAGCCUGUGCCUUUGCCGGAACCGGUAAUGUCUUGAAAGUCCAAAAUAUGUUGCAUUUCUGUUGCGACGGUAAAGAGAAUCCAAAUCACUCGCUUGCCGUCCUCUCGAUCUCGUUGAUCGCCAUGGGUGAGGAGCUAGGUUCCGACAUGUGUUUGCGUACCUUUGACCAUCUCCUUCAGAAGGGUAACAUCAACAUUCGUCGUGCCAUUCCAUUGGCACUCGGUUUGUUGUCUGCAUCGAAUCCAAAGAUCACCGUCAUGGAUAUCCUCUCCAAGUUGAGUCACGACACCGAUCCUGAGGUCAGCCAAGGUGCCAUCCUCGCACUCGGACUCAUCGGUGCCGGAACCAACAAUGCCCGUAUCGGUGGAAUGCUAAAGGCAUUGGCUGUGUUUUACUCGAAGGAGACUCACUUGUUCUUUGUUAGAAUGGCACAAGGACUUCUCCAUCUCGGUAAGGGUACACUCACCAUCAACCCAUAUCACAACGAUCGUACCCUUAUGUCACCAGUCGGUGUCUCUGGUCUAUUAGUUUUAUUACAUGCCGCAUUAGAUAUUAAAAACUUACUUACAACUAAAGCUCACUAUUUAUUCUAUUCAAUUGUAAUGUCUAUUUAUCCAAGAAUGUUGAUGACAUUAGAUGAAAAUCUUAAGCCAUUGCCAGUUUCAGUUCGUGUAGGACAAAGUGUAGAUACAGUUGGUCAAGCCGGUAAGCCAAAGACUAUCACUGGUUUCCAAACACAUACUACACCUGUAUUAUUAGGUUUUAACGAUCGUGCUGAAUUGGCAACCGAUGAUUAUAUCCCAUUGUCAUCUGUAUUGGAAGGUAUUGUAAUCUUAAAACCAAAUCCAAAUGCCACUCAAAUCCCAGUACCAAAGUCCGCAGCUAAAAAGUAA